AUGGCUCUGGGUGGCAAUGAAGCCACCCACCUCAGCUCACUUUUCACUGCUUUCAGUUCUUCCGCUGUGCCUCUCCCACACCACACCAUCCCUUUGCUCACCUGCCUGGUGCCACGAAGUGCCAGGUGGGCCCAGGUUGGAGCUACCCCAGGCUGGCAUAUGUACCACAUGCAGCUGGUGCCUGCAGAGAUCAGAAGCAGAUGUCCUAUGGAGAUUACAGACAGUUAUAACUCCAAAUUUAAGUCUGUCAGAGGAAUUGUUACCUAUCUCUGUACCGACUAUGGCUGGAUUAAUGAGACUAUCUUCUUCAAUCCUGAUAUGGUGUGUGGAAAUGUUCCAGUGAAUGUUGGAAUGAGCGUCAUUGCUCUCGUGGAAGAAGAUGAAACAACUCAUGCACUAAAAACCAUCAAAGUGAAAACUAUGUCUGAUCCUAUUUAUGGUAUUGAACCAUCAGAAUUUGACAAGAGACUUUGCAUUAAGUGUGUGACGUAUGCAACACGGGACAGCAUCUAUAUCAGCAAGGAAACGUUUUUUCCCAUGCAGCUUCUUUCUGGAGGAUUUUUGCCUUUUAAAGGAGAUUUGUUGCUGGUUGAAUAUUCCUUGAAGCCGGGAACUUCAAACAUCACUAUCCACACUGUGAGCCUCCUGAACUCCCAAAAUAUGGAUGAGGUCUGUGUGACCAGCGUUGAUGGAAGAACUGGUGUGGUGGAUGACAUCAUCUAUUUCACUUUGGAUUCCCUCCAGAAGCCUACUGGUUAUACACCCGGGCUCUAUGACAUUGUGAAUGUGGUUGCUGUGGACAGUGUUCAGCAGCACUGUUCUUGGAGGGCAGUAUCAAUGAUCCCGGUGGAGAUGUGUAUUGACCAAGCCUCAUAA